GUGAAGCCUUUUAACGUCAGUGUUAGAGGAGAUGUGAGAUGACAACAAAAGCUGUCAGGGGGGAAACUGCAUGCAUGCUUGCACAAAGCAAAAAAGCAAAAAAAAAAAAAAAAUCCAGCAACGACAAGACGUGACAUAUUUUGAACACCCUACGUGUCUAACGUGAGGAGCUGACGCACUCUCCCAGCCUGCAGGACUGCACUGCUUCUCCUUCACUCUGCCACCAACACUACUUCACCCUCGGUAGAGACUACGGCUGUUCACCGAUUGUAAACCAGAGCGGUCAGCAGGGGUCAUGAGGGUGUCGGAGGCCCCGGUUGCCGCCCAGAGCAGCUGAAGCAGACAUGGCCAAAGAAGCUUCGGAUGGCAGCGGUAUGCUCGGCCCCAUCGACUUCACCAGCCACAUCGUCCUUUGCCACAACCACCACUGGCUACGCAACAAGUUCUCUGUAUUUGCCAGAAUCUCCCAGUAAGACUUUGCGAUGAGAAUGUCGGACACGGUCGACGCUGAAACGAUGAAGGCGUCCGAGGCUGCCAGCACGGCGUCGCCUCCAAAAGACAGCGCCGCCAAGUGCGAGGCCGCAGACCAGAGCCAGGGCGGCAGAGAAGAGCACGGCGGUAACAAUAAGAGGGACGUACAGACUGUGAAGUACUCUAAGUCCAACACCAGGCUCAAGCUGGUGCGGAGCCUGGCAGUGUGUGAAGAGUCCUUCCCUUGCCCAAUCCCUGAGCCUUCAGCAGCACCUCAGGAUGGAUUUCUUCUCAAGCCCUUUGAAAAGGAAGAUCGAGCCCCACAGGAGCAAGCGGAGAAAGAGGAAGGCUGCAAUAAGGCGGACAAACCUGAGAAAACAACGAGAAAAAUGCUGUCCAGAGAUUCCAGUCAAGACUACACGGAUUCAACUGGUAUAGAUCUCCAUGAGUUCCUGGUCAACACAUUGAAGGGCAACCCCAGGGAUCGAAUCAUGCUGCUGAAGUUGGAACAAGACAUCUUGGACUUCAUCGGCAAUAAUGAAAGCCAAGAGCGAAAGUUCCCACCCAUGACGUCCUACCACAGGAUGCUGUUACACCGAGUGGCUGCCUACUUUGGCAUGGACCACAAUGUGGACCCCAGUGGGAAGUCAGUGGUGAUCAACAAAACCACCAACACUAGAAUACCCGAUCAGAAAUUCUCCGAGCACAUCAAGGAUGACAGGGCGGACGACUUUCAGAAACGCUACAUUCUCAAACGUGACAACUCCAGCUUUGAUCGCGAAGACAGCUCGGCCCGAAUGCGUUUGAAAGCUGACAAGAGGAGCAAAUCGAUGGAGGAGAGGGAGGAGGAGUACCAGCGAGCCAGAGAAAGGAUAUUUGCACAUGAUGGAGAUCACUUCAUCCUAGACAGAAGUGCUCAGGAUGAAGACGCAUGCAUGAACACCCAACAGAGGCGGCAAAUGUUCAGGCUACGGGCCGGUCGUUCAGGCGCCAGCCGGCAGAGCAGCUCCGAGACCGAGACGCUGCCUCGGCACGGCGAGCCUCGGCCGUGGAGCAGCACUGACAGCUCGGACAGCUCCAACCGACUCGCCCCGCGGCCCGCCAUGACCAAGGCCAGCAGCUUCAGUGGCAUCUCCCCCGGCCUGGUUCGAGGGGACAGCACGGCCAGCAGCAAGAGCACCGGGAGGCUCUCCAAAACGGGUUCAGAAUCGUGCAGUAGCGUCGGCUCCUCGUCCAGCUCGCUGUCCCGUCCCCAGCUGCCCCUCCCACUCCCAGGCUCAUCCUGGUCCAACAUACCCAACGCGCCUUUAAUCCUCCCGCCGGGCGACACCAGAGGCCACGGACACCCUGAGAUGAUCAAGAGCAUCCCUUCCCAGCCGCCGUCAGCCGCCGACGCAACCAGCUACUAUGUGUUGCCGCUGGAAGCCUCAGGGAUACCACCUGGCAGCGUUCUGGUCAACCCACACACAGGAAAGCCUUUUAUCCACCCCGAUGGCAGCGCUGUUGUUUAUAACCCGGCUGCCGUCACCCCUGCAGCUGGCAGGAACCCACAGCAGGGGAAAACCCCACAGCAGCCAAUCCCUGCCCCCACCCAGCAACAGCAAACCAAUCACCUCCACUCCCAG